CAUCACCAGCCGUCGUCGACGCCCGCCUCACGCGUCUAAUUGCACGAUGUCGGCCAGCAAACCCAUCCUCCGCACAUGCCUCUCCACACGGCAGCCCUCUCUCCUCCCUAAAGUGCAAUGCCGCCACGAAUCCACCGCCCGGCGACACAAGAAGCUCCUCGCGCUCCCUGAAGCACCAUCCUACACGCCCUCACGCUCCGAACCCUCAUUGAUCUUCAACCCGCCCUCGUCUGUACCGAGCGUGUACCACACACCGCUCAAGUUCCUGCCGAAAGAUGAUAAGAGGAGACAAAUGUACAAUGCUGCACUGCAGUACUCCAACACCACCGCGCUGCGCCGACAAUCCUCGCCCGUCGCAGCACCCGGAACACCGCUCUCAACCUCCUCUUACCUCCCUCCGAAACCCUCCUCUUCUCUCCCUGCGCCCGUGCGGACGCCGUACGAGAAGAAAUACCACCUGGAUGAGUCGCAGAUCGCCGAGAUCCGCAAACUGAGGCUGGGAGACCCGGAUAAGUGGACGCGGGUCAAGCUGGCGGAGAAGUUUGGGUGUAGUCAGUUUUUCGUCGGGAUGGUUGUUAAGGUGCCGGAGAAGGCGGCAAGGAUUAGUGCGGAGCAUGCAGAGGCCAGGGAGAAGUGGGGAAAGAGGAGGAGAGAGGCUAGGGAGGAGAGGGAGAGGAGGAAGGUGCUUUGGGGGAGGGAUUUGUAGACUUGACUGGUCGGAGGAGAGAUGGAACACAAGACAAGAUGCUGGCUGCGAGGCAGCUUGGGACGAGGACGACGAAGCACGUGCAUUAUCAACACGCACUUGAACGAUCGAUGGACGAGAGACAAUGUGUAUAAAAUUGUUCUUGCAUGGUUGUAAGAUAUCACGGCUAGGGGGCAUGGCAUUCGACCAGCAUAUGCAUAUUCAGGAGCUUUAGGCGGGCUGUACUUUUUGUAACAUACUGUUAUCAAAUGGCGAGAUCCAAU